AUGAUAUAUUUACUCAUAAUAUGCGCUUAUAAUCUCUUUGAAAAAUUUAAUUUGUUCCACCUUCCACCCAACGCUGUAGCAUCGUUCUCUUUUGAUAAACAUUAUUCAGGUUUAUCGUUUACACUUUCUGAAUCAUUGGUGGAACAUCCGGAAUUAAAAAUGGGCCGUCGUCCUGCGAGAUGUUAUCGUUACUGCAAAAACAAGCCGUACCCAAAAUCACGGUUUUGUCGUGGUGUGCCAGAUCCUAAAAUUAGGAUCUUCGACUUGGGAAAAAAGAAGGCUAGAGUAGAUGAUUUUCCGUUAUGUGUACAUCUUGUAUCUGAUGAAUAUGAACAAUUGUCGUCUGAAGCUUUGGAAGCUGGACGUAUUUGUGCCAAUAAAUACAUGGUGAAACAUUGCGGUAAAGAUCAGUUCCACAUUCGUAUGAGACUUCAUCCGUUCCAUGUCAUUCGUAUCAAUAAGAUGUUGUCGUGUGCUGGAGCUGAUAGGCUCCAGACUGGAAUGAGAGGAGCUUUUGGUAAGCCACAAGGUACAGUUGCUCGUGUACACAUUGGUCAACCAAUCAUGAGUGUUCGCUCAUCUGAUAGAUACAAGGCGGCUGUUAUUGAAGCUUUACGUCGUGCUAAAUUCAAGUUCCCUGGUCGUCAAAAGAUUUAUGUAAGCAAAAAAUGGGGAUUUACAAAAUAUGACCGUGAAGAAUAUGAAACAUUGAAGGAAGAUGGAAGACUAGCUCCCGAUGGUGCCAAUGUUAAAUUCCGCCCUGACCAUGGACCAUUAGAUAACUGGAGAAAAGUUCAGAGGGAACUUCUUGCUGUUUAA